CACCAAGGACAAUUCCAGACAGUUUAAACAAGUGCUGCUCGGGAAACGACUACACAGAAAAUUUAAAAUGUUAUUAAAUUCUAAUUUUAAUAAAUUAUUGAUUGUUUUUUUUCUCUACUUAUGUGUAGUUGAGGGAAUCAUUAACGACAAUGGAACUGAAGACAUAAUUUAUUAUAAAUACCCCACUGUUGUUAUAUCAAUAAUAUCAAGGAAUGAAGAACAUUCGCUGCCAACGUUUUUAGGAUAUAUUGAACGGCUGAAUUACCCGAAGGACCGGAUAUCAAUAUGUAUUCAAACAGACCACAAUGAGGAUGGGACAUUUAAUGUUUUGUCCGCUUGGACACAAAACGUGAAACACCUGUAUCACCGUAUCAUUCUUAAACAUGAAGAACAGCCACACGUUUAUGAGGAUGCUAGAGGUCCUAAUCAGUGGACAAUGUCAAGAUAUGUGAACUUAUUAAAGUUAAGACAAAAUGUUUUGGAUGAAGCAAGAAACCAAUGGGCAGAUUAUCUUUUGGUUAUCGAUGGAGACAAUUUUCUGCUAGAUCCAGAAAGCCUGACUGAGCUAAUAAACCAAAAAAAAACUAUUGUUGCACCUAUGUUUCGAACUUUUGACAUGAAGUCUGGGUAUUCCAAUUUUUGGGGAGGUGUGAAUGAAGACGGUUACUAUAAGAGAGUUCCAGAGUAUUUCACCAUGCUGAGAUGGGAACUUGUUGGAACAUUUCCAGUCCCUAUGGUUCAUUCGACAUACCUAAUCCAUUUACGAAAUAAUGCUACAGACAAGUUGCAAUUUUAUCCAAUAGAAGAGGCCUACACUGGUGCACUUGAUGAUAUACUCAUUUUUGCUGAUUCCGCAAAACGUGCAGGCAUUCCCUUGCAUAUUUGCAAUGUGCAUCAUUUUGGAUAUUUAAUGGAGACUUACCCAGCAUCGAUGUCUUUGGAAGGCAAAAAGGAAACCUUUGUGGACACGUUCAUUGACUAUAUGGCUUUUAACCCACCACUUAUCCGAAGCGAGAAUGUUCCAUAUGAAUUUCCAACACCAACUUAUGCAGGAUUUGAUGAGAUCUUUAUGAUAAAUCUCAAGCGAAGACCUGACCGAUAUGAACGAAUGAAAUUAUCUUUGAAAGAAUUAGGUUUAAAAUGGAAAUAUUUCGAAGCAGUGGAUGGAAAAAAUUUUACUCAGGAAAAAGUUGAUGAGCUGGGUGUGGUGCCAAUGGUUGACUUUGAAGAUCCGUACUUAAAAAGACCGCUCACGUUUGGAGAAAUCGGAUGUUUUAUGAGUCAUUAUUAUAUUUGGAAAGAGAUCAUUGAUAGAAAUUUGGAGUUCGUUCUUGUCUUAGAAGAUGACGUUCGUUUUGAAACGAACUUUCGUCACAAAAUGGACGAAGUUGUACGUCAGUCCAAAGAUCUUUUGAAGGAUUUGAGUUGGGAUGUUAUGUAUUUUGGACGUAAACAUAUGUCACGCGACCCUGAACAUUACGUCACUGGUUCCGAUAAAAUCGUGUGGGCAAAAUAUUCCUACUGGACACUUGGUUAUGUUAUCCGUUUGAGUGGAGCGAAGAAAUUGAUCAAUGGAAACCCACUUCCUAAAAUGGUGCCCGUGGAUGAAUAUAUUCCUAUCAUGUUUGAUGAACAUCCUGACACUUGGUUAAAAGAACGGUUUUCGCCACGCGAUCUGAUUGGUCUCUCAGCAGAACCGCUAUUAAUUUACCCAACACAUUACAUCGGCGAUGACGGAUAUGUCAGCGAUACUGAAGACACGUUGACAAUUCAAGGAGAGGAUGUGAAGAAGUAUCAUCAAAAACUUGAAAACGAGAAAUCUGGUAAGGCGCCAAAAAUGCAAGCCGAUCAAAUCAAUCCGAAAGAAGAAAGCCGCUCUCCAAGUGUACCACAGGUUACGCACGGUGAACUCUGAAGUCGUUUGCUAUUAUGUGGAAGAAACUUUGGUCAUUUAUGAAUAGAGAGUAUGAAGACGUAAAGCAAAUACUAGUCGGAAGAGGACUAGGACUAAAAUCUUUAAUUUUAUAUAUAAAUUUUAUGACAGCUAACUUAUGGGUUUUUUUAUACGGUCAUUUUUAAUAUAGAUACAUUUUAUAUAAUUUCAUACAUUUAGGUCUAUUUUAUAUAUUUUUUAUGAAUACAUGAUAUUUAUUUUUUAAA